AUGAAGAGAACCACUCUGUUAACCUUUUCUGCAGCUAUCUUUGUGCUGAUGACGUCAUCAACUGCAAGUCCUGUGGGAGUAAGAUCAAAUCUUCAAAACUUUGCUCGGAUGAUCAUGCCUUACCUGAAAAACCACGUUGGAGGACAUGGAAAGCAUAAUUGGCCUCUAGCAAACAAGAAUUUGUUUUCAGAAAAGCCACAAAUGGAGAUAGAAACCGAUGGGAUCGAGACUAUGCCAGAUGUAGGGUUCACCGACUUUGAAGAUAAUGAGCUGAACGACAUGCGCGCCAUCAAGCGGCAGUUUGAUGAUUAUGGACACAUGAGGUUCGGUAGAAGUAACAGUAUGAAGAAGUAUGACGAUUAUGGGCAUAUGCGCUUUGGAAAAUGA